UUCUACAGAGUCAGCGAAAGGAGAAUGCUUCUGUGAUAUUCUUGGAGAAUUAUAAACAUCAUCAAAAUCAGAAUCCUGACUAGGAGAAAGAGAUUAAAAAGGUGGUGCACAUACCUUUUGGCCCCCCUUUCUUCUCUAUAAAUGGGUAGAGGGGGCCAGCCUCUUGAGCAGUAGAAUUGACUUGUUUUUCAUCCCCCAUCUCCUUCAUUCUCUCUCGGCUUCUGUAAACACGUGAGAGUUUGGAGAAACUCUUUCAAGGCUUCUUUAGUGAGUGAAGUGGAUGCGAGGCGGGACUUGGUAUAGGUGCAAAGGCUGGCAAUCGUGUCUCACCAUCAGUCAGGAGGCGACUAUGAGUUCCAUCCCAUUGACUUGCAGAAUUCGAUUGUUCGGCUAAGGGAAGGCACUUGAACUGCUUUCAUAAGUUUAGAAAGCAAUGGACUCAGAAGACAAGGUGCUUCAUAAAGGUAUAGCUUUCAAUUCGCAUACAUCAUCUAGUGCUAUAAGCACUCCAGACGAAAAUGGACACAUGCAUGACAAUGUGAAGGCUCAGCAAAGCCUGCAGGAGUUUCUGAAGUCCUAUCCCAAGAAGGAGCUGGUUCGCACAAGUUUUGAUAAAGAGAGUAAGCGGUCUGGCACAUCAAAAUGUAAAACGACAGAGGAGACUUCCAAAGCUACAACAAUUAGAGGAUGCAAGAACCUUGAGUUGAAACUCUCUUCAAAUCAUUCAACUUUUGCCAACAACCAAGCUCCUAAAAAGCAAUCGAGGAAGGGGGAGCAUCCUGUUCGUCUUCCUUCUACAGAAGGUUCUGAAGAGUUUAGAUAUGCUACCACAUGGAUUUGCAAGAAUUCAGCUUGCAAGGCUGUUCUGUCCUCAGAAGACACAUUCUGCAAAAGGUGCUCAUGUUGCAUUUGCCACCUCUUUGAUGACAACAAGGACCCUAGUCUUUGGCUGGUCUGCACAUCUGAAUAUGGCGACCAGGAUUGGUGUGGGUUAUCUUGCCAUAUUGAGUGCGCACUCCAACGCCAAAAAGCCGGUGUUGUUGAUCUUGGACAGUUUAUGCAGCUUGAUGGGAGUUACUGCUGUGCAUCAUGUGGAAAGGUUUCGGGGAUAAUAGGAUCCUGGAAGAAGCAACUUGCAAUAGCCAAAGAUGCCCGCCGAGUAGACGUUCUUUGUUAUCGCAUAUUCUUGAGUUACAGGCUAUUGGAUGGAACUUCCCAUUUCAAAGACCUGCAUGAAAUUGUUGAAAAUGCCAAGGCAAAGCUUGAAACUGAAGUUGGUCCAGUGAAUGGAGUUUCAGCCAAAAUGGCCCGUGGCAUUGUAAGCAGGUUGUCAGUUGCAGUUGAUGUGCAGAAACUUUGCUCUCUUGCAGUUGAGAAGGCAGAUGAGUGGCUGAGGUCAACUAGUCAUUCAGACCCAAAGUGCAGAGAUUCACUUCCUGCUGCCUGCAGGUUUCAAUUUGAAGAGAUAACAUCAUCAUCUAUUGUUAUAGUUUUAAAAGAGACCUCUUCAUCUGAUGCUGUCAAGGGUUAUAAACUCUGGUACUGGAAGAGCAGAGAGCAACCAUGCGUGAAAGAGCCUGUCACUUUCUCGAGAGCUCAGAGAAGGAUUCUAAUUUCAAACCUUCAACCUUGCACAGAGUAUGCAUUCCGAAUUAUUUCAUUCACAGAGGACGGAGACUUGGGCCACUCUGAGUCCAAGUGUUUUACAAGGAGUGUGGAGAUAAUCCACAAACACCCCGAGCAGAAUGGAGCAGAAAGGUGCUCAUCCAGUGCCAAGAGAGAGGCCAAGACUCCAACCGCCCGAUCCUCUGGAUUCAAGGUCCGAAAUCUGGGAAAGAUCCUGCAGCUAGCUUGGGCACAAGAAGAGGGUUGCUAUGAAGGGUUUUACAGUGAUGACGUAGAAGAAGAAUCCUGUGGCGGGAGUGAUGCGGUGAAACCAGAGACUGCUGAAGAGGACCAAGCGGCACCAGCUGUUUCCCGCCGUCUUGACUUGAAUGUGGCCUCGGUGCCUGACCUCAACGCUGAGGUAACUCUCCCCACAGAGAGCUCCCCAGAUGAAGAGAAUGGUUGCAGUUCGGAUAAGAAUGGACUAGCAAGAUCUGAUGGAAGUGGGGAUUCCCAGACUUGUGCCGCCACGGUCGAAGUACCUGCCGUGGAGUCUCCGCCGGAAUCGAGGAAACGGCUACCCAUUGUCCUUGAGGAAACUUGUUAUGGAGAUAGCACUUUGGUCAAUGGUUCACCGAUGCGAUUUUCACGAGGGUCGGGCCAGUUGGAUGACAAUUAUGAGUACUGUGUGAAAGUUGUGAGGUGGCUGGAGUGCUCGGGGCACAUUGAGAAGGAAUUCCGUAUGAAGUUCCUGACAUGGUAUAGCCUGAGGUCUACCGAGCAGGAGCGUCGGGUGGUGAUCACAUUUAUCCGAACCCUAAUUGAUGAGCCAAGCAGCUUGGCAGGGCAGCUGCUGGAUUCCUUCUCAGAGAUUGUGAAAUGCAAGAGGCCUCGGUAUGGUUUUUGUAGUAAACUAUGGCACUGACACAAGAAAAAAGAGUCCUAAAGAUCACUUUCCAUCUGCGAAUUCAUAGAUACCUAUUUUUUGGAGGUUACAUUGUAGUUGGUUUGGCCAAUUGUUUCUUAUUAUACAUAAACAUCAUUAUAGGUGUUCUAUUAUGAUCAAAUGAAACAGUCCAUCUUGCUGUAUUGCUUAACUAAAAUUUUCAAUGAAGUUGCCUAUGAAAGGGGGUUUUAUCAUCA